CAUUCGCCUGAAGUUUUUCAUUUAGUACAUACUCAGUUUACAGGUUCAGAAAACAUGAAGACACCUCCAUUCCCAGAGACUCUUCUUUUUCACAUCAGCAUGAUUUUCAGGGGUCGUUUUAUUUGAAAGAAGGAGAGUGGGAAACCCCUGGACUCUUUUGGUUUUGCCAAAGAGGGGAGUGGAGUCCAGGGCUUGACCAGGGCUGGUGUUCACAGAGACAGCAGAAGAAGAGGUUAUGAGAAGUGGUUUGAUUAAUAGUCUGUUCCCUCUGCUUCUGUAUUUCACCAUUAACUAUUCAAGUUCACUAUCCACACCUCUCAACAUCUCAAUGCAUUCUGUUAACAUGAAGCACAUACUGAAAUGGAGCCUCUUGCAAGCAUCCUGUUCCACUGUCAACUACUCUGUGCAGUUUCAAGGGGAGUAUGAGUUACACAACCUUAAUGGAACAUGGGUGGAUGCAUAUGACUGCCAAGAGAUAAGUGAAAACAGGUGUGACCUCACUCAUGACCUGGCCUCCAACUCUGACUACAAUAUCCGCAUAAAGACAAACUGUGAUGGUCAGAAAUCAGGGACAAAUCUGCCAGCGACCUUCAACAGGAGAGACACAGUGUUACUGGUCCCAAAAAUGACAGUGAAUGUGGAGGAGGAUCCUAUCCAGGUCGGCUUCAGUACAACUCUUUCUGAUAUGACAGUAAACCUUAAAGUGUGGAAGGAGGGGGACGAACAGAAUGCUUUAAUUCAUGUGGUCAGAGCUUACCCUUAUCAUUUUUCCAUUGCUGCCCAUCGAGGGAAAGAGAAGAUGUGCUUCAAGGCAGAAGCACUAGCAGAAGCCAUUAACAAGAGCUGCAGCAUUGACACACAGUGUGUCAUCAUUCCUAAUCAGACAUCUGAGUUUAUGAGACCAGUGAUGGUGAGCAUCGCUGUAGUGGUAGCGCUUACCGUGGCUUUUAUUCUGGGAUGGUUGGCAACACAUUUUGGUCCACAGAUCAAACAGACCAUUUACCACAGGGAGACCAUUCCCAAUGUACUGGUAACUCUUGAUGACUGGCCCACCAGAACACCCAUCCUUUGUACUGAUGUUUCACUGGAGCCCACAGACCAACUUUUGCUGCUCCUUCCACUAGAGCGUCAGUGCACAGCAGUAGAUUUUGGAGUUUGAAUGGCUAAUGAAAUGGUGAAGUGAGGUGAAAUGCAGGACAUGAGCUGAAAAAUCAAACUAAACUAAGUAAUUAGGGGUGAAACUGUAUAAAUGACGGUUCGGUACUACAUACCUCAGUUUUAAAGUCACAAUUUAGUAUGUUUUCAGCAUUUCUUUUCUUUCUUUUUUGUUUUUUAACUAAAUAGUGGUUACUGAAAUUUUGCUCUUUCUUUAAAGGGCACUUAUUAUACAAAAUCCACUUCCAGAAGGUGUUUGGACAGAAAUGAGUUUUAGAAUUGUGUGUACACAGCCAUUUAGAAUAAUAUAAAUGCAUUGUCUUUUUUUUUUAAAAUAAUCUUCCUAAAAUCAAACCAGGCUACCAACUACGAUUUGGUUUUACAAAUGUUUGUAAGAGUUUAUUUAUAUAUCUUUUUUGUAAAGUUAAUUGAUAUUUUUCUAUACCUGUAAAUAAAGGAAAGUAAUUACAUUAUGCAAGUUUUCAUGGAUCACUUGACGAAUAUAACAAAAACAGUAAGAUACAGAGUUUGUCUUGUUCAUUGACUAUUUAUACAUUUAUUGGAUUUAACUAGGAAAACAUGAAGCUAAAAGUUUUGUAAGAUCAUCUAACAGGCUACUGCAGUUAUAUUCUAUUCAUUGGCACUCAGGCGCAUUUACAUGGAGCAUUGUAAUGGUUUUAAAAGUCCAAUCCGAAUGAAAAUGCUCCAUAUAAACACCUCAAUUGGAAUAAAAAUGCUCAAAUCUAAUGAAAUUUUCGGUUUGAGAGGGGUGGGAUAAAAACCUUUUUAUAAACUGAACAAAAUUAAAAUUCUGCCAUGUAAACCCGUUUAACAGAUUACUUUGCGUCUAAGUUAAGCAGGACAGGUGUCGCGCCAAAAUAGGGUGCAUUCGUGGGCCUUGCACCCGUGUCCAUCCUCUCCCCUCCUUGCUAAAUGUGAUAAAUUUUUAAAGCGAAAGUGAAACCGUUAAAACGGCACGCAUAAGAAAGCGACUGCAUGCUUUCGUGAUUGUCAGCAACUGCAUGCGAUCACAGAUUGCACGCUUUGAUUCAUUGUUCAGCAACUCUUGGUAAGAAAUCGUCUAUUUGUUCCAUUUAAGUACAGUAAAAGUAGUGUUCCUCUCACGCUUGCUCAUGUUGCUUCUUCUCUCUGGAGAUGGGCGGGAAGUUGCAGCUCAUUUUCAUCAGAGCCGUAUAGAGAGAGAGUUGCGACAACUCCAUUGACUCCAAUGGACCAGUUUUUUACAGCAAUGGCGGAUCGUGGAGGCACGCAAUAGUUCCUGGAAGUUAGCGCUUUAGCGUUAAUACUAUCAGCGCCAUAGAGAUGCAGCAGAAGAGACCGCUGUGAUCGACUUUUACAAGGCAAGACAUUUAUAGAACGAAACUAUAUAUUAUCAGAGCAGUUAAUUAAAUUACCUUAUGCAUUAAAACAGAUUAUUAUUAGAUUAUUCCUUACUAAAUUAGUAGAUUUAGGGGGUAUUAUUCAUUCUCUUAAAGCAGUUUAAUUCAUUGUUGUGUAAUUGAGGCUUUUAAACGUGAUUUUUGCUGGUGGAAAGUUAAAUAUUAGAAUUAAAUUUAUUGCAAAGGAUGCUGAUGUACCUAAGUGAGAAUGAAAUAGAGCCAGGCAAUUUUCAUUUGAGAAUCAUACCAGGCUAAAUUACCAGAAAUAUAUUAAAUACCACUACCAUAUACAGUUGAAGUCAAAAGCUUACAUACACCUUGCAGAUACUGCAAAAUGUUAAUUAAAAUAAUUUAUAUUACCAAAAUAAAUAUGUUUAAACAUUGUUUAUUUAGUACUGACCUGAAUGAGAUAUUUCACAUAAAAGAUGUUGUUUACAUAUAGUCCAUAAGAGAAAAUAAUAGUUACAUUUAUAAAAAUGACCCAGUUCGAAAGUUUACAUACACUUCAUUCUUAAUACUGUGUUAAUAUUGGUAAAUUAAUUCAAAUUUUGCAGAUUCUGGAAGCUGUAUGUAAACUUUUGACUUCAACUUUAAUAAAUGUAAUCACAGUAAACAUGUACUUUAUUACUGUGUUUUAUAUUUACUGUACUUUUGUACUUCUUAUCUACUUCUUAAACACUGUGUGUGGAGGAGCAGCGAAGCCACAGGACUGAUAUGUGAUAGAGCAUCACUUUACCAUUUCUCCCAUGUUUUUCUCCUUCUGCUCUCAGAACAAGAACCACCUGAAGACUCCCUGUAAUGAGAACACCUCUGAAGACAUGAUGCCAAGCCUUGAGAGGACUUCAGAUGAUGCCAACUCUGAAUAAACACACAAAACUACCAAAUUUUCUUUGUAUUAUAAUCA